AGGUCACUGGGCGAGAGGCGACCCUGGACAGGUCACCAGUCCACCACAGGGGUAACUACGAGAGACAAGAAAGACCUACUGAAUCACGACCUAUCUGAGAACACCUCACACAGCACAGCACUGCGCUGCCCUUUGUGGUGUAUACAAAUGCCAAAAAACAGCAAGAACCUGCAACACGUUUGCAGGAAGCUACGACUGCUACAGUCCACCUCCACACCUUUCUGAGCAUCGCUGUGUGUUUACUGUCAUACCGCAGUGACAUCGAAAUGAAGGCGCUGUGUCUGAUCUUGCUUUUUCAUGCAAGUCUUCAGCUUCAGUGUGAUAAAACAAAGAUCACAUCACAUAUUGGAGGUGAAUUUGUUCUGGUCUGCUGGUAUGACACAUCACGCUACUCGCUGAGUAAAAAGUACUGGUGCCGAGGAGACUCCAGAAAAACCUGUGAGGUGCUGGUGGAUUCAGAGAGAGUUAAAAAAACUAAAAACACACAGAGAUCGUUCGUAGUAGAUGCACGAAAAAGGGGCCUGAUAGUGAAAGUCACCCAACUCCAAACUGAUGACACUGGGGUGUACUGGGUUGGAAUUGACAAAAUCUACGCUGACAUCAUGACAUCAGUCCAUGUGGUUGUUACUGAAGUUCCAGUAUCUAAACCCACAGCUUGGCCCUUGAGCUCUCUGGUGGACAGGCCGACAUGCUGGGGGGAGCCGGUGACUGUGCGCUGCAGCUGUGCAAAGGGCACAGCCAUCCGUUAUGCCUGGUAUCAGCGCACUGAGCCCGAGCACUUCCUGCUUCACCGCUCCUCCGACUUGUCCCUGGACUGUGCAACAGUGGGAGGGGGCAGCGAGUAUUACUGCACCGCCAGCAACGACGUAAGCAGUGAGGAGAGUGAAAUCGUCUCCGUGCAGGUUCUGGUGCCUGCAAACAGCAGCUGUAUCUAUGCUGUUCGUGUGCAGGGCCAACCCAUUUAUGACUGCAUGGACAGAAUCAGCACAACCACACCCAGACCACCGCCAGUGACUACCACCUGCCAUGGAGUUGCCACAGAAAUCCACCCUGACACAAGAAACCAGUCUUUGCAGGCCAAUCAAACUGAUGGGUUUUUCAACAGGGCCUGGACUGGCGUGCCUUUCUGGUAUACACUGCUACGUUGGGGUUGUUUUGCAUCCUUACUGAUGAUUCUUUGCAUAAUUCACCGAUGUACAAAUACAAGGCACAAAAGACAUAUCAAGAGAAGGAAGAAGGUUCCUUUCAGACCAGUUCCUCAUUUGGCUCAAUGACCUGCAGUUUCCUGUAGCUGUUCUCUGGAAGUCAUCGUCCUCUGUGAUGCUGGUUUCGUGGUUUAAUGUUUACCUCUGACAAUAUUGUGCAAUGUGGCAUGCGCUUCCUGAAAUGAAAUGCAUUCUGUCUUUAUAAUAAAAAUGUGUAU